GACGUAUCCUCGGAGUAUUAUGGGCUGUCGAAGAUUAUUCAGGCAGAGGGCUGUGGAAAAAAUAGCUGCGAGGUAGAAGUAAACAUGGAGCUGUCGGCCGUCGGGGAAAGGGUCUUCGCCGCCGAAUCCAUCAUUAAACGGCGCAUACGGAGAGGACGGAUGGAGUUUCUGGUCAAAUGGAAAGGCUGGUCUCAAAAAUACAGCACCUGGGAACCACAGGAGAAUAUUUUGGAUCAACGUCUAUUCGCCGCUUUUGAAGAGAGAGAGCGGGAGAGGGAACUGUUUGGGCCAAAAAAGAGAGGGCCUAAACCAGAAACUUUUUUAUUGAAGGCAAAAGCUAAAGCAAAGAGCAAAAACUAUGAGUAUAGACGGGAGAUGUCUCGAGGGAUUCGCGUGUCUUUCCCCGUCGCAGAGCCGGUUGUGACGCCUCGGGCACGCGAGGGGCUACGGACGGUCGUGCCGACGAUCUUUCCACCGAGCACCGUGAAUCGAGGCGAAAGUGUUCGCAUCCGACCCCCUGAUCCUGAGAGAAGCCCACCGGCGCAUGCGACAACAUCGCAACGCCCUUUAGAUUUUCCCGAUUCACCGAAAAAACGGGGACCAAAACCAAAGCAGCGUCCAGCUGAAGGUCCAUCCGCUGAAAUCGUUAAGAGAAAGCCAGAUAAAGCAUUAUCUUAUCGGCCAUCCAAAAUAGAGAGGCACGGCGAGACAUCCAACCACGAUGUUAUCCAUUUAACGCAGAAGUUUCAUGAAUCGACCAGUAUUCAGAAACAAAUGGGGGGCAGAUCAAGUGAUACAAAUUUUACACUUGGUGGCACCAUGAUAAAUAAAGGUCAUGAUAUUUUGGGACAUGGACGGAAGGAGGGCUCCAGUGGUGCCAUAAACCAACCCAAAAUACAACAGCCUCCCAAAAAUAAUCUAUUUCGAUCCACAAGUCAAACCAGUGAUGAACUGGCUUUGAGUUUUGUAGACGAAACAGACGAGUCCUGGCUGCCCUGUUUGAAGAACAUGGAGAAAAUUAUUGUAACUGAUGUAACUAGUAAAUCUCUGACUGUGACCAUCAAAGAGAGUUCAACGGACAAAGGUUUCUUCAAGGAAAAAAUAUAAUGUAAUUUUAGGUAAAUGAUGUGACAUAUUGUAAACAUGAAAUAUGGUAAUCCAACUAAACAGCCUGCAUUUUAUAGUAUAUUUACUGUACAGCAAAGUCUUGCAAUCGUGUAUAUAAUGCAAAAAAAAAGUAUAUGUUUAGCCUACAUUUCCAUUCAUAUUUUCUAUGAAAAUGAUGUCCAAAUGAAGUUUAUUUUUCUAUAACCCAGAUUUUAUGUAAUGUGCACCAGUUCGUUCUCCGCUUUAUUUGUUCCGCCUUCAGCUUUGUUAUGAAUGUAGGCAUAGAUGCUGUUAACACACAUUAUCAUUUCAACUUAAUGCACCUUUUUAGGGGAUAUUAGUUUGUUCCUCUUCUUUUUUUUUUUUGGACGUGUAUGUGAUAUCAUUUGUUUCGAUCAGAUUUUUGUAUAUAUUUGUACAAGGUCCAAACGAAGUAGUCUUGUAUUAAAACACAACCUUUUAAAAAGGCGAAAAAAAUAGAUAAGCUAUACAUUUAAUUAUCUUUAUUCGGUUUUAAUUUUGAUCCUAAAUAUUUAAAGGAGUUUGAUAUUCCUUUGCGAUUAAAAAAAAAUGCUUAAUUGAUAUGACUGUUUGGUGCCCUAAAAUCUUAUCAUUAAACAGACUACAUUUAACAUAAUUUCCUCGUCAAAUAUUAAAUGAAUUGGUACUUAAAUUUGCUGUUUUAAAAUUGAUUAUAAAUUAUUAUGCUGGGUGCAUAACAUUUGGCCGCCAAAAUUUAUAAAAUAAAUUACUUAAUAUAACAUGUUUAAUUAAGUGAUUAGCGUAAAGGUGUCCUAUUUUUGCAUACAUACCGAUAUGUAUCAGAGCCUAAAAUAAAAAUGUAAUUUAGCUAUAUGUCAACAAGCCUCUUUCUAUUAUUGAUUGUCGUUGUUUAAACACAACUGAACUUUUAAUAUUAUCACCCUUUAGCAAACUUAGAAUUUUCCUAAAUGAUGUUCAUCCUUUUAAAAAAAAAAAUUAUUUAAGGCAAGCCUUAGUAAUUAUUUUUGACUAUAUGUAAUUUUAAUAUUACAAGGAACCGCCUGCACAGUUUUAAUGACAUAAGGUGUAAUGCAUUAUUAUUAUUAUUAUUAUUAUUAUUAUUAUAUCGAUGAUUGAGGUAUACAUUCCUUUAAAACAUUAUCUAACUUAGUUUACCUUACAAUUUCCACACUCUAAAAUGCGGUGUGGUUUCAAUCCAUUGUUGGUUUAAAUACAAUUCCGAACUGAACUUGUAGGCAAAAUUAAAACUUGUUUGGUUUUUGUCCAUAUUUGACUUAAGCGUGUUUUAGAGUACAUCCAGACAUAGACUUUUAAAGGAAAUACUUAUAAAGCUUUAUAGAGUUAGAUAUUUUGGUAUUAUUUUAUAUACUAUCAUAUACGAGUGCCGAAGCAGAUGGAGUAAAUCGAUUUUAACAAAUGGUUUAAUCAUAAAUUGUGUCAUUUAUAUAAAUCUCGUGUCGAAUGUCUGUCAGUUUUAUUGUUUGGCAAAAUAUCUUUGCAAUAUAUGUUUUUUUAAACUGGUAAACAAUACGCUAACAUAGGCUGGGUUUCAAAAUUAGCAGAUUGAUUUCAUUGAAAGUAAAAUUAUGUUUUAUAAGACAUUAACGAUCGUUUAUUCAAGAAGAUUCAGUUCAUAAAAAGCCACAAGAUGUCGCCAUGUAUGAACUUGAUAGAGCACAAUCUUUUCCUCCAAAUAACCCAUUUCAUUCACCCGUAACAAGCAUCCUUUCAUUCAAAAUAAACGAAAAUACAUGCACUCUAAAAAUCCAGAGAUAUUUCAACUUACGAUUGUGUCACAUAAGGACAAACCCAGUGGUUGAGUUAAAAUUAACUUAGUUUGUCUAUAAUUUAUAGGUUAAUUUUAACCCAACGGUUGGGUUUGCCCUUAUUUGGCUAGACAAUCUUAAAAAUAAAGCUGCUAAAAAAGGUUAUUUGCAGCAGUGCCAUAGAAGAACCAUUUUUGCUUCCCCAAAUUACCUUUUCUUUCACCUUUUUAUAGUUUGUUAAACAUUUUUUCACUACGAAGAACCUUUUGUUCAAUACAAAGGUGCUGAGGAUAUUUAAGGAACCAUAAACCCUGAAAAAUAAUCUUUAUCUUGAAAAGUAAACAAUGGGUUGAAACAUCUCCUUAUUUUUGAGUGCAUUGUACGGGCACAGAGUGAUAAAUGGCCUAAAAGUGUUUUUAUGCAAGUACUGUCGUCUUAUAGUUUGUUUUAAAAAUACACUUUUAAAGGUAAAUUGGGGAGACGUAUUUGAUGCGUUUUCAAGGAUUGACGAUAAUAAUUAAAUUAAAUUAAAAUAAUUAUUUUGCUAUAAUUAUAAUUCAAAAUUUUAACUGAUUAUUUGCACUUUUAAGAGAGUCAUUGCGCUGGCAAUUUACUUCAAAAUAUGGGAGGGAAUAUCACUAUGCGACACAUUGCGAUUGUGAAUUUGUGUUAUUUGCCGCGUGGAUCUCAUUGAGCGCGUGACAUCAGAGCGCUGUUCAAUAAUACACGAGGAGCUGAUGCGCGCUCUCCAGAUAAAAAAAAAUUAAUUAAAACUAGUUUAUUGUUAUAAUUAAAUAUGAUACUGAAAUCUUUAACCCUUUACAAUCCUUUAAGUUGUCAACGCUAUAUAAUAUUUAUAAAGACUUUAUUAUAAUUGCAUAGGCUGUAUUGCGUAAAAUAAAUGAAAUGCAAAUUUAAAAAGUUAGGAAUGUCAUUAAACAUUAAUUCAAUAUUUUCAACUCCAUGUGUAUUUAUAUUUCAGUGUACACAUUACUACUCAACAAUUAGGAAUCUGUUAGUGACUUAUCAAAAGUCUUCUGUCUGUGAUCAUUUAACUGAUUAAAGUGAUUAUUUUAACUGAUACUGAAUAACCUUUAUAACUAACUGCUGAAUAAUUUCCCAGGUGAUGCAUUAUAGAGAGUGAUAGAUAUGACAGGGUCAUCACCUUUGACACUGUGACUUUAAAAGUUUCCAAAAUGUUUUACACCUCUCUGCUUCUUCAUAGUCAGCAAAAUCAUUCAGUUUAUGUAUAACCUGUUUUAUUCACUGAAGUAUAACAAAUUUUGUCCUUUUUGCCAAAUAAAAAAAAAACAUU